AUGGAUCAGUCUUUGAUAUCUGUCCUUCCCACCUCAUUUCCACAGGAGCCAGGCCUGGACCCCAAGCCCAUCCUGGAGUUGCCCCUCGUGGAGCUGGCUCAGAAGCUGCAGGCGGAAGAGCUGAGUCUGGAGAGUGUCCUCUGUAGCUACUUAGAGGAGGCGCUGAAGGUGCACCAGGAGGUGAACUGCCUGACAGAUUUCCUGGAAGAAUGUGAGGAACAACUGCAGGCAUUGAAGAAGCUCAAGAAGAGUGAGAGAGGCCUUCUCUAUGGGGUCCCCAUGAGUCUCAAGGACCCCUAUGACUGCAUGGUGAGUCCUGGGGUGUAUAUUCUCAGGUGUACAUGUAUGUGUGGGUGCACACAUGCCACUGAGACACCCAAGAAAGUGUGGGAGCUGAACACAGCAGUGCAGGAAUAUCAGCAAGAGUUCAUAGCCAAGUGGAGGUCCUUGGACCUGGAUGUGCUGCUGUCGCCAGCUCUGGACCCUGCCUUCUAUAUAGGCUAUCCUGCCAAAGCAUCAGCUAGCAGCUCUUACCACAGCCUGUACAAUCUGUUGGACUUCCCUGUUGGCGUGGUGCCCGUCACCACCGUGACACUGCAGGACGAGGAGGAACUGGCCUUCUACAAGGGAUACUACGGAGAUAGUAAUGACAGAAACUUCAAGGAGGCGGUGGAAGGAUCCGUGGGGCUCCCAGUGGCUGUGCAGUGCAUCGCUUUGCCAUGGGAAGAGGAACUCUGUCUUCGGUUCAUGAAGGAGGUGGAGACCUUGACCAAGAACCAGAGGGAACCCAGAUGACAAGCCAUUUCUUUUGGAGACCUUCCUACAUCCUUAUCCAAGUCUGUUCCCAAUGCCCCUUCCUUCUCAUGAGUGCCAUAUCCACCUCCUAUCUCCUCCGGGAAGCCCACCAUAUUCCUUUUCUUUGCAGUUUUUUCUGUCC